AUGGACUCAUCAAAACUUUCAUAUGUUCUUGAGAACACUUACAUUCCUCCAUCUCCUACCAAGUUGGAACCAUCUGUUCCACCUUACCAUCCAUGUUUAAUUGUCCAGGACUCUCAAACUGAUGUUUCCAAGAUCAAGCCAUGUGGCUGUGCUGAUUCUUACUGUGUCAAAAACGCUCCUGAGUGGAUUCCUAGGGCUAAGCGUUGA